AUGGGACCAUGGCCGGACCAACAGACCCAGUCUGCCCCAGGUUUCGCGUUUGCCAAUGAUGAGCUGAUAUUUUCUCACGAUGGACUUGUACCCUCUGAUUCGCUGGGGCUGAACGAGACCGAUAGAUCCUCGUUCAACGUUCGGACCAACGCGUCAGAUUUUUGGGUCGGUUCAGCGGGUUCCCCAUCGCAACGUCGAAUAAGUUAUGUCAGAUGGUGCUCACUUGGCGAAAUGAACUGUCAAGAACAACUUGUUCUAAUUCUUUAUUUUAUUUUACUUUGCUUAGAUAUGUUAUCAGUCCUUAGUGAAACAUGGAUAGGAAACAAAUUAGUUAGAAUAUAA